GUCUCGACUCGAGCAAACUCUCGCGUGGCGUUCACUAGUCAAUCACCCGCGAAGCUUCAAUCCAAUGCUCACGCCAUGCAGGUCUGGAUUGUGGUAGCCAUGCUCGUAACGACAUGCCAUGAUUCGUGAAAAGAGCUUCCGGCCUGCAGCUACGGCGAGGUCUCACGCGAUGCGUUCGCCGCUAUGGCUUCGUUAUACUUCCGACCGACAGAAUUUACGAGGUGCGAGAAUAGGUGACGAAAAAGCCAUGCUGGCUUUAGACUCUAUUAAAGGUCGCAUGCAGUCCAUGUGCCGAGAAAGCAUCUUCUUCGCAUCUCAAAGCCAUUGUUUCUCUUCCCGCCUACCAGAGAUCAUUGCUUCAUACUUGCCAAGAUGAAGUUCUCUGCGGCUUUCACACUCGCUCAGCUGGGCUUCGCCAGCGCUUACCUACCGAUUGCGAGACGAGAUGUCUCCCAGUCUGGCAAUGCCAGUCCCCCUGCACGAAAGGACAUCACGACGAUGAGCUUCGAUGAGUUCAGUCUCUUCGUUCUUGCUAUGCAGCAGUGGCAGAGUUCGUCGACCAGCACCGUCGGAGGCUUCUAUCAGGUCGCUGGAAUUCAUGGUGCUCCGCACACCUACUGGGACGGCAGUGCCUAUCAAAAUACCAAUCAGGGUAACAAGAAUGGAGGAUACUGCUUUCACGGCACAAAAGAUUUCUACUUAUGGCACCGACCUUACCUUGCGCUCUUUGAGCAACAGAUGCAAGCUACGGCAGUCAACAUUUCGAACAAUUGGGCCUCGUCAGGCAGAACAAAAUUUCAAGGCAUUGCGAAUACACUGAAGUUUCCUUACUGGGAUUGGGCACGAAACGGCGGGACAAUCCCCAGCCGCAUCUCCAGUUCAUCGGUCUUGAUCACGAACGCUGCUGGACAGAAUGUGACAGUCGCUAACCCGCUGUUUUCACACACUCUUGUCAGCGGCGCGAACCUUGGCACGAAUGUCUGCCCCGGUACCUCAGGAUCUCGAACAUGCCGCUCAAGCAACGCUCAGAGGGAUAUGCAGAAUUCUGGUGCAUCUCUUCAGAGACAAACUGCCUUGUUGCUCAAUACUGCGAACGUCUGCUGGAACGUUUUCGCUACAUACGACUCGAAUGAGCGCAGAGCUUCUGGCUGCUCUUCAUCAUCAGUGAACAGCUUGGAAGGAAUCCACAACACAAUCCACAACAACAUCUGCGGUACGAUGUGCAAUCUCGACACGGCAGCUUACGAUCCCAUCUUCUGGUUGCACCAUGCCAACGUCGACCGCAUCGGUGCUCUUUGGAACUACCUCAACCCCAACGUGAAGGUCACCAGCACACGUUCCAGCAGCGGCAAUUUCGUGUUCAGCUCUGGCGUCAACAGAGAUGCUAGCUUCACUUACAUGCCCUUCCGAGCUUCUCAAGGCAACACUGACUGGUGGCUGCCCAGCCAGCUCUACGACGUUCGCACUUCAGGCUACACCUACCCAGAGAUUGCAGACCGCCCCAGCGUUGCAACUCUUCAAUCUCGCGUCAACAACCUUUACGGCAAUGGUCGCACACAGCAGUCCGCCAGCACAAGCGGAAAGAGACACCGCAUCCGGGCAAGCCUCGAAGAGCGUCAAGCCAGCGCACGACUCAUCGAUCCACCAUCUCCUGCAGCCAUCGCUCCUUUCCGAUCAACUCUCAUUUCUGCCAACGGCUCUUACUCUGAAUACACCGCCGAGAUCGACAUUCGCAGAUCCGUCGCCCCUGGUACUUCCUUCAACCUUCACCUUUUCUUCGGCGAUAUCGCCACUGGCCUCUCCAACUCCGACUACCUCGCUGCAGCAAACCGCGUAGGCGGCUUGUCUAUCUCCCAAGCUGCAUCGACCAACGGCGCGAACAGCGCAACAGGCAUUGUCCCUCUCACCGACGCUCUCCUCAAUACCCUCAUUGCAGGCGGCAUCAGAGAUUUCCGACCCGGUACCGUUCGCAAAUUCGUGCGAGCGAGAAUGGUCUGGAGACUCGUCACAUCCGAUGGCCAGAACAUCGGCGGUAGCGGCGCCAGAAGCAACGGACUGCAAAUCCGAGUCCGACGAUCGGUCGUCACGCCUGACAACGGUGCCCCUCGUGCGGUGCCUGUCGUCGAAGCUCCUGAGGCGAUCACUGAAGAGCCAGUCGACAACACUCAAGCGCAGGCUCUGCCGGCUGGAGUUGCGGCGACAUCUGCUCCUGCGGCGCCGGCAGAACCAGCAAGCACUGGUAGUGCGUAGUUUUGUAGCCAAUGAUUGGGCUCUUCUGUGGUCAGGCGUUCUCAAAAAAGCAUGAAUAUCACGGCC